CAGCGCUUGAACGAGGGGUAUGAUCGAGUAAGUAGCCCCAGGUAAGUUAAGAUCGCAGCCUUUUAACGAUGUUGUUUCGAGGCACGUGUUUAAACCAGAGCAUAUUAACGGCUAUUAAUUUAUUUUGUGAACACCAAUACGGAUUUCUGCAAGUCCUUCAGUCCAAUCGGAUGCCACGGCACGUGCAUCCGAGACUUCACACGUGCUGCGCCAUCAGCAAGCUUUCUUUUCCUUCCGUUUUAAAGCGAAGAUACGAGCCAAAAUCCACCAGCAGUCCCGAAGUAAGCGAAUCGUGGUCGCAUUGGGCACACCUGAAACUGAUAAAGAGCUUCGGACAGGAAGCAGCUGCCGCUUGGGGUACCUGAGGGCCCAGGCGGGGAAUAUGCAGAACUAUAAUGAUCGCCUCUGAGCUGUUACAGAGUGCCGGUGUCCCCUUCUCUAAUAAUUUAAGAUAAAGGGAGGUUCUGAAGCAGCCGCCCCGCGCCUGUGCUUAGAAAGGACCCUCCCGGAUUGGAGACAGAGAAAUUUGUCCCUCUGGGCGCAAAAGGAAUCUCUCUCUUCGCCCCCGGAGCCCCUUGCCCACUGUAUUUCCCGCCGUUUCCAUUGUCUCGGCCUUAAAGCGCCCCUUCUCGUUUCUGCCGCUCUUCACGCCAUGCUCUCUCCUGCUUGCGGUUUCUUGGCAUCCAGGGGACUGAGGACUCCCCGCCGCCGGUGGAGCUGGGCACCUGGGGCUGUGGUAAGUCAGCGGCCCCGAGCCCUUGAGGCCGCCGCGGAGAAGGGCGGGCUGGCGUUCUACGUUCUCUGGUCUCCGAAUGAGCCGCCCCGACAGCUCAGCAGCAAAUGCCAUCGGAAAUUUUACCAGACUCGCUUACCACUUCCACUGCCAAAACACUUAGUAAUCUUUGGAUUAGGUGACUGGAGCCACUUUUCUCAGAAGACAAGCAUCUCUGUGGACAUAUUAGUCAAUCCAGACAUUAAGCCACAAAGAAUUGGAGAGCUGGGACCUGAAAGGAGGUGUUUUGUGUGGGAAGGUGCCUGGAGGGUGGAUGUUCUGAUGGCUUCAUUUAAAGAGGUGCAGAGCGGCCAUCCUUUCAAACUUCUCUUGACUGUUAAUGAGCCGUUGUUCAACAGCACCCCCACUCGCCCAUUUCAGGCUCUAGAACCCAGUCAGUCACCCGUUCUACCAGAAGAUGCUGUUCGGGGGUUGGAUGAGCCUUCUGAGGUUAAAAGCCAGAGUUCAACCGUCACUUCUAAAAAAGUUUUGGCUGAGAAGAAAUUCUCUCCACUAUUAGAAAAGAUGCUGCUGCUUCCAGAUCCAAAAAUAAGCCCCACACAAGUAGAACCUGAGACCAGGAAGAAAACAUGCCUGCCGAAUCCAGUUCAGCUAAAUAAAACCAGGAGAGCUCUCUUUGAACUCCCAGCAGCUGAAGGGCAACAUGAAUCUGAAGACUUGGACGUCAAAGAGUUGCAAGUAUGCCCAAGUCCUCGAUGGUGCCAUGCUAUGUGCCUGAGUGACCCUGAAACUGCAGUACUGAUUGGUGGUGAAGGAGCUAAUCAGCAAUGUUGCAAAGAUGCUCUCUGGAAACUAGAAAUUGACAGUGACUUCUGGUUCCCCAUGGAUUUCCCAGACCAAGAUUCUAUAGCGCAGUGUUCACGGGGCCACAGUGCCACCUAUGACCCAGAUACAAAACGCAUCUACAUCUUUGGGGGUAUGAGGGAGGGGAAACGCUAUGGCAGCAUCUAUAUCCUGGACACAGCAUCUUGGAAGUGGCUUCAUGUGUCUGCUAAAGGGAAAAUACCCACACUGGCUUACCACAGUGCAACCAUCUAUCACAAGGAACUAUUUAUCUUUGGAGGUGCUUUCCCUAAAAUGUCAUCCUUGGAGACUGGAGCCUGCAGUAAUGCACUCUUCAUUUUUAACCCAGAAUAUGAGAUCUGGUACCAGCCUAUUAUUGAGGGAGAGAAGCCCCUGCCUAGACUUGGCCAUUCAGCUACUCUGCUGAGGAACAAGUUGCUCAUAUUUGGGGGUCAGAAGACUUCCACAUACUUGAAUGACACACACAUCCUGGAUCUGGGUUUCAUGGAAUACACAUCGGUUCCAUUUCUUUCUGGACAACCUUCUGCUCGCAGCUUCCAUGCUGCCAUCCCAGUGUCAGAUCGGAAAGUGCUGAUAAGUGGGGGUUGCAAUGCCAAAGGAGCCUUUCGGGAUGCCUUUACGUUCCAUUUGGAUACUUUGACUUGGAACACAGUCAAGCAUGCUGAUCUUUGCUCUGUGCCUCGGGCAGGCCACACGCUGCUCAACCUGACCUGUUCUCACCAGACAGACAUGGAUAAGGAGAGCCAAGGGAAGCACAACCUGUGCAUGGUGCUGGUCUUUGGAGGUUCAGACCGCACUGGUCGCUUCUACAACAGUACUAGUAAGCUCCAGUUGGACCUUGAAGAAGUGAAAGGGGCCUCAGAGCCUCCAUCCUGAUCCAGCAAACAAGAAGAGAAAGGGGAGAUAGGGGAUUUCAAAAGAAUAAAAGGGAAGGAGGGAGUUACAGGUUGUUUUGCCAGUUAGUAACAACAGGGAUCAUAAAUCGUCAAAUUAAAAUAGGAGUUGUCAAGAUAGUUCUCUCUGUCUGUCUCUCUCUCUCUCUCUCUGAAAGGUUUGUGAUAAUUCAUCAACUCAAUUGAGUGGCUACGUUUUCAUUGUUUACCUAAAGUAUGUUUAAAGUGUCUGGAAAAUGUUAUAGAGUGUUUAUAAAAUCAAGGGGAUGAAAUUUGUUCUUUGGGUAUUUUACUUAACUAUGAAUUGCAUCACCUAAGCCUGAAUUCUUUCACUGUAUUUUCGCUGCACCUGCCCUUCUUGACCAAAGUUGUCAAUAUUUUAUGCAAACGUCUCUCUAUUUCCCCAUGCGCUUUAGAAACCAAAUUAUAUAAUAAAGCAUGCAUAGGAAGAUUGAUCUGAUUAUUGAAUAUAUGACUCUUAGCUGGUGGUAGUGAAGAGAAGCAAGCACACUUGUGGUGCCUCAAAAUUAUUUUAACUGCAGGAUUAAACCUGGUCCUAAGAUCUUCCCUUUUUCUGUUAUAGAACUGAAUAAAU